AAAGAAAUAUUGAAAGGCAGGAGAUGAAGAUACUCAGGAUAUUCAUAUGCUGGAUGGGAUGAUUACAAAUUAUGAAUGCUAAGAGCAGGAGUUAAUUUUGGAUGUUAGGCCAAAGAUGGCCAAUUUGUCCAUGUGUGAAUAUUGUGCAAUUUGUGACAUAAAUUGUUCUUUCCACUACUGCUUCCAAAGUGAAAACAGUAGAGAUUAGUGGACAUAAUAAUCUGUUAAUGAUCACUUAAUAAAGGAUCUGUACUGAAAUGCUAGCUGUCAUGCAAUAAAAUCUAACUUGUUCCCAUCUGUGAUGAAUGUAAAGUGAUUUAAAGAGCACAGGAUUCAGAUGCAGAAACCAUUUAAUCUGAGUUGCUGCUGUAUUUCUGUACUGCUGGUAAGUGAAUGGUAAACCACCCACAGACACUUGUUCCUCAUACAGUGGCUGAGGAUGUGUUUAUGCCAUGUAUUAAGUUUACAGGAUCAGACUGAAGGCUGCAGUUGUGUGGCCAGAGAUCCCCUGUCCUCCUAGUUUACAGUCCUGUCUCUUUUUCUUGUAUUUCUUGAAAUGGAAGGACAACCUGUAUAUUUAACAGGUUCAUGAUGUUCUCUACUAUUCAUUUCUCCCCCCCCCUCGUAGCCAAGCAUAUCAUGUUCUCUAGAGGCGAAGCAGCACAAGUUCUUGCUGCUGUUAUGCUAUAUGAUAAAACCUUGAAACAAGCCUUUCUCCUUCUGUAUGCUCCAUUUCAGAUUUCAUAUCAUUUGUGGAAUGUAAAGCAGGGUCAUUUUGCCUGGAGUUGUACAGCAUUAACCAGAGUAAUUUGGUUAUUUUAGAAAACUGAUUAGAUUGUCCUCUCUCAAGGGUGGAGAUUUUGUGUGUGUUCUGUAAGGUGCACAGUGCAUUUCUGAGCACUGUGUGUGUGUUACUGACUAAAGCCAUAACUGCAGUAGAUGAGUGCAUAAGAAUUCAGCUCUUAUGUUCUUGUUUUAAAAACCAAAAAAAGCCCAGAAGUAACCUUUCCUGUUAUUCUUUUCUGCACGAGAAAGGCACUGUCCUUUUCCUCUGUGUUCUGUUACACCUUUGACAUUGGUGCAGUGCACAAUCAUUAUCUGCUCUCACUUCAUUAAAUGGUUUCUGAAGAUGGGAUUAUUUAUGAUGUAUAUGUAGUAUGGAAGUACUUUUUUUGGUCUAUGUAUGUCUAUAAGUGGCUUCUGUAUUAUAUUCCUUCUUGUAACCUUGCCUAAAAUGCCUUUUUGUCUAAACACAAAGUAAAUUCAUUUUACAAUUUUAUGUAAGGGAAGUAAAUAAUUUGAUAUUUUUCUUAUCUAAAGAUACUUGAGUGGUAUUUCAGAAUACUACAAAAACAAUUACAUGACGUGAUGUAGAGGUACCUUAAGUUGGACUCACUAGAGAUGCCGGAACUGCUGUAUAAUGUGGUUUAGCAGUAAACAGAUUUAUUCUCUAUUUUUGUAUGUGGACUGACAAAUAGAAUAUGUUUGCUGUGUCUCUAUAGUUGAGCUCUAGUGAUCUAUUCUUUUUUUUUUUUUUUUUAAGUAUGGUGAUGUUGCAGUCACAGGUAUGAUAGCUAACAUCUGUGUUGUAUAGCAUUAUCUCAUGUAUUUUACUUACUCCAGCUCAUAAAAUGAACCUAGGCUUUUCCUUGUAUGAAUUAAAAUUUGUUGUCAGUCUUUUCCUGAUAAUUUUGAGGUAGAUGGAAGUAAGGGCUGUUGAGUCACAAUGCUGUGUCCUUCCCAGCUGUCUGACUUCCCAAAUAUUACUUCUUUGUAUUAUGGAAACAAUUCUCACAGUUCUGAGACCUUCAUAUGUGAAUUGCUUACAUCUCAGUUUUACCAGAAACAAACUUCAGAAAGUUAUGCCAAGUGUAAUGCUUUCCUAAAAGAUUUGGAGACUGCUUUAGUGAAACGUGGAAACUGAUGGAUGGAUUCUUGAGCAGCUAAGCUCAUGAAUGCAGUUUUUGGCCUUUAUUAUUAUGGGCAAGAAAAUAAAUUUUUUCUUUUACUAACAAAUGAUCUUUAGGAACAACAUCUUCUGUCUGAAUUGAUGGCAGCACGUGGCAAGAAUUGGCCUCUGGGUAUCAGUAAGAAGCUGAAUUGUGGUUUUCCUUAUUGUCCUGUUUAGUAGCAGCCUUUUCAGUUAUCUGCAAGUCUUUAGAAGUAGCACGGUGACCGUAUACCUUUCCCAAGCUGACUUACUGUUGUUCCUUCUCAGAGCCUGCAGCACGGGGUGGCACACAUCCUGCAGCACGAUGCUGGCAGGAGGCACAGCUGAUGGCUCUGGCAGGGAGCAGGUGGGUGCUGAUUGCUGCCAGCAGAGCUGUGCCUCGUAAUGGGAGGCAGCUGGAAAGGCUCUUCCACUCUGUGUGCCCAUGGCCCUGGGUCUAACAUGUGUUACAGAGCACAGAUCCCACUUCGUGGCCCUCAGAGCAUCAUUCAGUUUGUGGCGAAUUCCUCCGGUCUCGCUGUGGGACUGCGAGCUGAACAUCAUUGCUUUAGCAUAAAUCUUCACAAGAGAUGUUAAUGUCUGUUUAAAAUAUGCAAAUAUUUACUGUCUGCUAUUUGUCAGCUUGGCAUGCGAGACCUUGGAUCUGAUCCUUCUGUCUUGGCAGACAUUGGGAAUUUUGCCAAUAGCAUUAAUAGGAACAGAAUUGUACCCUCUAAUCUGUUUGUUUAUGAAGUACAGCAGGAGUUAUGUGGCUCGAUGCUUUAGAGUGAACUAAAAAUCAUCUGUUUGAAUUUGUUUGGAACUGUCGUUUACUUUAUCUUACCGUUAUCUUAGCAUGUGGACCCUUUGGUUGCAUAAAAUACAUCAGUAAACUGUGCAGCUUAGAAGUGCAGAGUCAGGAGUUAAACUGCUCUGAAAUACUGAAAUUCUAGAUCAUGAUGUUCUGUCCUACUCAUUUUUGGUUUGCAUUUGAACCGAUCAGGCUGUGGAAUAAUUCUCCAAAAAUCUGUGCACCAAGCAGGGCAGUGUUCACUGGGAAGUAAAUGGCAGUGUAGGUGGUCUGGUUUGGAGCUCUUCCUUCUGAAGCUGUCCCUUCUGCCUUUCCUGGCCCACCCUGCAGUUUGGAAGGGAAAUGGGCAGUUUUAUUUGGGGAUUAGCUUUUGAUUACUCUGUUUGUUUGUUUACAGAAUCUCAUUGGCAAGAAGGAGAAAUACGCAUUAUGAAAAUUGACCCCCAAAAAUCAUUAGUAGGGAGAAAGUCUCUCACAAAUCCCAGGCAAAACAAAACCAGGCACCGGGGUUUGAGUUACACCAGUUUGGAGUUAGCUAGAUCUUGUAAAUGAUAGAGACAGCAGAUGUUUUGUGGAGGUUAAGCUGGACAUAACUUGGACUUGAAAUAAAUGUAGGUCAGGAAGUUUUCUACUAGUGGGAGAAGGUUUUUAGAGGUAGGAAUUACAAAGUGAGGGUUACAUCUCUGCAUUAACUCAUGGGGAAGAGCUGCCAGCUCCUGUAUGUGCUCAGGUCAGUGUGAUGCUUACUGUUCUAUCUGGCAGCAUUUGCAGGUGCUGUGCGUAAAUAUGUUACUUAAUUGCGUAAAUCAGAAGCCUUCCUGUAGGGCAGCUGCACUGCUGCGAGGUGGUUUGAAGCUGAGGAAUGCUUUGAAUUGGCUGCUGAUAACAAAGGUGUUGAUGCUAAUAUGUUGUGGCUGAAUUUCUAAGGUCUGCUUAUUUCAGAUGUGUAACUUCAGAUAGUGGGGAUAUGCCUGUUAACUGGUUUCGCAGAAUUCUGAUGAUCUCUUGAAGUUUGCCAUUAGAAUAAAUAAUAAUUCAGAUGUGAAUGCAGCUCUUUUGGUAUGCAGUCCUCCAAACCAUUUUGAGAAAAUGAAUAAUCCUGACAUUUAUUCUGCUGCAUGCUUCGUAUUUUAAUCUCAGUUUAGCAGGCAGAAAGACUGAAGUGCAUGAGUCAUUUGCUCAGUUGCUCAAAGAGCUGAGAAUACAACGUCCUUUGCAGUGCUCUCCAAAUCUACAACUGACCAGAGAAAUUUGUGGCUGCUGCUGGGGUUGUCAGACCUCUCCACAAACUCGUUCAGUGUUUGUUGAAACAGCCAGCGUAAGGCAAUUGGUAAAUUAACAUUUUGCUUUUUGUAGUGCCGUGGUGGGGAAGAAGGGUUGGGUAAAGGAGCCUCCCUCUGCCUGCUGGUUGUGCUGGCCAGCGUGGGAUCUGUGUAUAAACUGUUCUUGUGCAGUAAACACACAGAAGCUUUGCUGAGACUUCUGGUCAAAGGAAUUUUGGUUCUUCGUCAGCCAGGAAGUGAGGAAAUCAGAAGUACAGCAGAGUUCAUGAAAUCCUCUCUUUUCAGUCCCUCGGGAGGAAAACAAAGUACGUGAGAAAGGCAUCAAUUAACUAUUGUAUUGCUGUGCAGCAAAUCCUGGAUUUGUAAAGCUUGCUGUGCUAUUGAACUUGAGUGAAAUGGCAGAAAUCUGUUGCGUUUUUAGUUGUACACAGAAGGUUCCUUGCAUAAACAUAACAACACUUAACGUUUCUGACUGAAAACGUGUGCUUAUUUAGGUGAUCCAACUGAGUGUUAAAGUGGUUACUCCUUAGAUGGAUUUUCUCACCUGCAUGGAAAUGCAAAAGCUACUUCAUACCUGUGUUCCUUCACCUCUACUGUGGUGGAUGUGAGAUGUUUUCAUAUAAAUGUUGUAAAAGGGAAUGUGGUUUAAGUCAGUGUUGUAUUCAGAAGUCGGUGUUCCCUUACGUGUUUCUGUUGUGAUACUGAAAGUGAAAUUUUAAGAAUGGUGGGGAACAUGGAAUGCUGUCACGUAUUGUAUUAAACUUCUUGCUUACGUUUACACUGUGUGUUGGCCCAGAUGGUUGUUAGUGAGAAAAGUGGGGUCGUGAGGAGCUUUCCUUACAUGGAAGAUACCUUUAUUUGAUUUUUCAGAUAAUUUCUUGAAGUUAUUCUUAGAUUGAUUAAAAAUCUGUGACUGUAAAAUGUAAAGGAAGGCUUUAGUAGUGGAAUUUUCAAGGAGGUUGGAGAGUGACUUUAGAUGCUCGUGGCAGUUCCACGUCAUGGAUAUGGGCAGUGUGCUGCUUGCUAACAGUCAAUAUGAGAACUCUUAAGGUUCCCUCUUCUGGUUAUCAGAACGUGUUUUUGUCAAGUCAGCUUUGAAGUAAAUGUCUCUAGAGAUGUGUCUAAGUAUUAUCAAUGAAGGCACACCACAGAUAGGAAUUAUGGAAAGGUUUUGUUUUUCUGUGGGUAGGUUCCAUUGUGGGUAACCAUUUGUCUCAGUUCCUUGGCAGAUGAUGAUGUCUGCCUUCUCUAUAGAUUUGUCACUGCUUCAGUUUCCCCCAUAGAAUGUUUAUUUCAGAACUGUUUAAGGGGUUCUGUUGGCAGGGUGUUGGUGUGUGGGGGCACCUAGGCUUUCUCAGACAAUGCAACUAAAGCACAGCAGGAGCCGUUGCGUGGGUUCCUGCUGACCUCCAGCUCCUUCUCAUCCGUCUGUGUCCAUCCCAUGUGCUUCAUCCACCCCAGAGGCUGGCCCAUGUGCCCUAGGAGUAGGAUUUCUGUCCCUGAGUCAUGGCAGACAGAAGACCAGAGAAGUCAUGUGAACAAGCAUGUGAAUCCCUUAAGCAGCAGGAUUAUGAAGUGGCAGUGAAGCAUUGCACAGAGGCACUCCUUUCCCUCAGCCAGUACCCCCCAGCUCACCUCCCGGAGGCAUGCCAGGCAGAAAUCGACCGCAUCAAAAUCGAGACUCUGCUGUAUAGAAUUGCUUCCUUUUUACAACUUAAAAAGUAUGGGCAAGCAGAUGAAGACUGUAGGCAUGUGCUGGGAGAGGGGCUGGCCAAGGGAGAUGGAUCUUUCCGUGCAGUGCUCUGCUGCAUGCAUCUUAAAGGGAAGCUGCAAAUUGUGUCUAAUGUUCUUUCCAAAUCACUGAUGGGUGAAUCACUGAACGGGAUGGUAACUAAAGAUCUGACACGACUGAAAACACUUCUUGCUGAAACAGAGGCAGCUGAUAAAGUUCCAUCAGGAUAUCAUGUAGAAGAUUUAGAAGAAGGAUCCCGGGAUGGCUGGCAGUUCCGCCCUCCACCCAGGGGAGUCACAAGCAGUGAAGAAUAUACACUAUGUAAAAGAUUUUUAGAGCAAGGGAUCUGCAGGUACGGUGCACAGUGUACUUCAGCACAUUCCCAGGAAGAGCUAACAGAAUGGCAAAAACGAUAUGCUUCCCGCUUGAUCAGAUUAAAACAGCAGAAGGAAAACAAACAGUGUUCGGGCAGUUAUAUGGAAACCUUGAUUGAGAAAUGGAUGAAUUCGUUAUCUCCUGAGAAAGUGCUUAGUGAAAGUAUAGAAGGAGUGAGAGUAGAGCAUAAUCCUGAGCUAUCAGUAACUGUCACCACCAAAAAGUCUCAUCAAACUUGGACGUUUGCUCUUACUUGUAAGCCUGCAAGAAUGCUGUAUCGAGUGGCAUUGCUUUAUGAUGCCCAUCGUCCACAUUUCAGUAUCAUUGCAAUAUCUGCUGGAGACAGCACUACCCAGGUAUCACAAGAAGUUCCAGAAAACUGUCAGGAAUGGAUAGGAGGAAAGAUGGUCCAGAAUGGAAUAGAUCACUAUAUAUACAAAGUCAGUAUAGCCUUUAACACGGAAAUCUUUGGAACUUUUCGCCAAACUGUUGUGUUUGAUUUUGGAUUAGAACCAGUCCUCAUGCAACGAGUAAUGAUCGAUGCUGCUUCAACUGAAGAUCUUGAAUACCUGAUGCAUGCACGGCAACAGCUACUAACUACAGCUAAGCGUUGGGAUUCUACUUCUAAGACUAUUGUAGAAUUUGAACCUAAUGAAACUACUGAAUUGGAGAAGAGCCUUCUUACCAGAUACCAAAUCCCUCUAUCUGCUGACCAGUUAUUUACACAAUCUGUCCUGGACAAAUCAUUGACCAAGACCAACUAUCAGUCACGGUUGCAUGACCUCCUUUAUAUUGAGGAAAUAGCACAGUAUAAGGAAGUUAGCAAGUUCAACAUAAAAGUGCAAUUGCAGAUUGUAGCAAGCUUCAUGCUCACUGGGGUUUCUGGAGGUGCAAAGUAUGCCCAGAAUGGACAACUUUUUGGACGCUUUAAGCUCACUGAAACGCUUUCAGAAGACACUUUGGCGGGACGGCUGGUGAUGACCAAAGUCAACGCUGUUUAUUUAUUGCCUGUCACUAAAGAGAAGUCAGCACAGACCCAAGGAACCAAAGAGAAGGUCUAUGAAGCAGCUAUUGAAGAGAAAACAAAGGAUUACAUCUUCUUGAGGGUAUCCAGGGAAUGCUGUGAAGAGCUUAAUCUUCGGGCAGAUUGUGAGAUGCAGGUUGAACUGCAGUUUCAGUUAAAUCGCUUACCUCUCUGUGAAAUGCAUUAUGCCCUGGACAGGAUUAAGGACAACAGUAUUUUGUUUCCAGAUGUCAGCAUGACUCCCACCAUACCCUGGAGUCCCAACAGACAAUGGGAUGAGCAGUUGGACCCUCGGCUAAAUGCUAAGCAGAAAGAGGCUGUUCUGGCUAUCACUACCCCACUUUCAAUACAACUGCCUCCUGUUCUUAUCAUCGGUCCCUAUGGGACAGGAAAAACGUUCACGCUGGCUCAGGCAGUCAAGCACAUACUCCAACAACAGGAUACUAGCAGGAUUCUCAUUUGCACCCAUUCUAAUAGUGCUGCUGAUCUCUACAUAAAGGAUUAUUUACAUCCAUAUGUAGAAGCAGGCAAUCCCCAGGCAAGACCUCUCAGGGUAUAUUUCAGAAAUCGCUGGGUAAAGACUGUCCACCCAGUUGUGCAUCAGUACUGUUUGAUUUCAAGCACACAUUCCACCUUUCAGAUGCCACAGAAAGAAGAUAUUCUUAAGCAACGAGUAGUAGUUGUUACUUUAAAUACAUCACAGUAUCUGUGUCAACUGGAUCUUGAACCAGGUUUUUUUACACACAUUCUGUUAGAUGAAGCUGCGCAGGCUAUGGAGUGUGAAACUAUUAUGCCUCUAGCAUUAGCUAAUAAAAACACAAGAAUUGUCUUGGCUGGAGACCAUAUGCAGCUCAGUCCUUUUGUCUACAGUGAAUUUGCCAGGGAAAGAAACCUUCAUGUUUCAUUGCUUGAUCGGCUCUAUGAGCACUACCCUGCAGAAUUUCCAUGCAGGAUCUUGCUGUGUGAGAACUAUCGCUCCCAUGAAGCUAUCAUCAACUACACAUCUGAACUUUUCUAUGAAGGCAAAUUGAUGGCAAGUGGAAAGCAGCCAGCACACAAAGAUUUCUACCCUUUAACUUUCUUCACAGCACGUGGAGAAGAUGUGCAGGAAAAAAAUAGUACAGCUUUUUACAAUAAUGCAGAGGUAUUUGAAGUAGUGGAGCGUGUUGAAGAGUUAAGAAGAAAAUGGCCUGUUGCCUGGGGCAAGUUGGAUGAUGGCAGUAUAGGUGUUGUGACACCUUAUGCUGAUCAAGUGUUCAGAAUUCGGGCUGAACUUCGGAAAAAAAGACUGUCUGAUGUCAGUGUAGAGAGAGUGCUAAACGUUCAGGGAAAACAGUUUAGAGUGUUGUUUCUCAGCACAGUACGAACACGGCAUACAUGCAAACAUAAGCAAACCCCAAUUAAACGGAAAGAGCAGUUACUGGAGGAUUCAACAGAGGACUUGGAUUAUGGUUUUCUGUCUAAUUACAAACUUCUCAAUACUGCCAUUACAAGAGCACAAUCCUUGGUAGCUGUGGUGGGAGAUCCCAUUGCUUUAUGUUCCAUUGGAAGAUGCAGGAAAUUUUGGGAAAGGUUUAUUGCCCUAUGUCAUGAGAAUGAAAGUCUCCACGGUAUCACAUUUGAACAGAUCAAAGCUCAGCUGGAAGCUUUGGAACUAAAGAAAACUUAUGUGUUGAACCCACUGGCUCCUGAGUUUAUUCCCCGAGCUCUUCGACAUCAGCAUUCGGCCAAUACCACCAAACAGCAGCAGUCACCUCCAAAGGGCAAGGUCCAUCAUCAUAACCAGAAUGACCAUUUCCCACCUGAUGGAAUUGUUCAGCCCAAUCCUUCUGUUCUAAUAGGAAAUCCUAUCCGAGCAUAUACUCCUCCUCCUCCUCCUCUGGGACCUCACCCCAAUCUGGGGAAAUCUCCAAGUCCUGUUCAAAGGAUAGAUCCACACACUGGGACAAGUAUUCUUUACGUACCUGCUGUCUAUGGAGGAAACAUGGUCAUGUCUGUGCCUUUGCCUGUACCAUGGACGGGGUAUCAGGGUAGGUUUGCAGUUGACCCUCGAAUCAUUACUCAUCAAGCAGCUAUGGCAUAUAAUAUGAACCUGUUACAGGCACAUGGGCGUGGGUCUCCUAUACCUUAUGGCUUGGGACAUCAUUCACCAGUUAGUAUAGGACAGCAGCAACAACUUCAGCAUCCAGACAAGGAGCAACAUGAGCAAAGUCGAAAUGGUAAAAGUGAAGGCACUGCUGGACCUGAAAUCAAUAAAAUUCGGACACCUGAGAAGAAACCUGUAGAAUCUAAGCAGGUUGACUUAGAUGCAAAUUCUCAGACGAGAAGCCCGGAAUCACGUUCCAAUGUUGCUUACCCUAAUGCUAAAUUUCAUCGUAAAGAUAAUCUUAACCCCAGGCAGCUGAAUCUACAUCUCACCCCACCCCACUCGCAGUAUGCAGUUCCCAAUCGCCACUUCCAGCACCUGUCCCAGAUACCAAGGCAGCCAUAUCCUCUGCAACAGCAGCAAAACCUUUUAAGUCAACAACAAAAUCAUUUGCCUGAACAACAAAACCAAAUGCCACCACAGCAAAGCCAGGUAGUUCAGCAGCAUAAUCAUUUGAACCAACAGCCUCCACAACCUUCGCAGCUUUCCCCUGCUUACCAGGCAGGCCCUAGCCAAUCUUUUUUUAAUAACCCAAUUCCCCACCGACCACAUUCUCCUGCUGUAGAUGCUGUGAUUUCAGAACAACACCCCCCACCUAUGUUACAAGAAGUCAGUAAUCCUUUGAGGCCUAUUGCACAGCACAACCCUGUUCUGCCAACCCACUUGAACAACUUCAUUGAAGAGAAUCCAUCAGGAAUGCCCCUAGGGGACACUUUAGAUCGUAUGCAUGGAAAUGUAGCUUUGGAAACAAUAAGGCAGCAGCAACAAGCCAGGUUACAGCAAUGGAAUGAACAUAAUGCCUAUCUCAGUCAAGGCACAAUUCCAUAUCAACACCAUCACCAUCCUCAUCUACCACAUCUUCCUCAGCAACCAAUUGGAUUGCAUCAACAGCAGCAAGUUAGGGCAAACUGGAAACUUGCCAGUAAUACAGAAGAUGAAACAGAGGCAACAUAUUCAAGAUUCCAGGAUUUGCUCAGAGAACUGUCACACCGUGAUCAAAGUGAAAGUCGGGACUUAGCUGAAAUGCCACCCCCUCAGUCAAGACUGUUGCAAUAUAGACAAGUUCAGCCCAGAAGCCCACCAGCACUCCCUUCUCCUUCCUGCAACUCUAAUCACAGUGGUCACUUUCCUAACUUCACUGAAAACAACAGAGACAUUGAAAUCCCCAGUAACCCAGCAUUUCAGCAGCAUUUACCCCAAAUAUACAAUCCCCCUUUCUCAAUGCCAUCUGAACACAUAACCCCAUCUCCCUUGAAAUACCUGCAACCUGAUGGAUCGUGGACUUAUGCUAACCUACAGCAGAAUCACCUAAUGGGGCAGGGCUUUCAUUAUGGUAUACCUCCAUUGCCCCAUAGAUCACAACAAAACCCUUUUAUACAAAUACAGAAUCAUCAGCAUGCAGUCGGUCAGGAGCCAUUUCAUCCACUCACAUCUCGAGCAGUAUCUGCUUCUUCGCUCCACAGCUUAGAAGAGUAUGAACCAAGAGGACCAGGCAGGCCGUUGUACCAAAGAAGAAUUUCCUCUAGUUCAGUCCAGGCUUGUUCUGAAGAAUUAAGCACUCCUCAAGACAGUCUUGGUCAGUGUAAAGAGCUUCAGGACCACAGUAAUCAGUCAUCCUUCAACUAUUCAUCGCCUGAGUUGUGGGUAAACUCCUCCUCAUCUGCCCCAUACCCAAACAUUCCAUGCAAUGGAGCCAACAGAGCAGUUCCACACCGGGAGUUGUUAGCUCCGCUGAAAACAGUCAAGCCUCCAGAGGAGCACCUGAAGGCUGAAAACAUACAGCUCUCCAAUUCCUUCAACUACAACGUGCUGCAGCAUCUCGGCCAGUUCCCACCUCUCAUGCCCAACAAGCAGAUCAUGGAAUCCAACAGCACCAGCCAGCAGAACGCUGGUGGGAGCAAACCUGUCAUGUCCUACGCAAGUGCUCUGCGGGCUCCGCCGAAGCCCAAACCUCCUCCUGAGCAGACAAAAAAGAAUAGUGACCCUUUGUCUUUGUUUCAGGAACUUAGCCUAGGUAGUUCAUCAGGUAGCAAUGGCUUUUACUCCUAUUUUAAAUAAUCAGAUUAUUUUUUUUAGAGAGAACUUAAUUUUUAUUUGUGUCAGUAGAUCUAAGAUAGUUGGGGCUUCACCUGUAGUUGCAAAUAUUCCCUUUGUUUAUAUUAGUAAAUAUAUCCUCACCUAAUUGCUUUGCUGCUAGACUUGCAACUAAUUUUUUUAAAUUGUAUUCCAUUAUUUUGCAUUUUUUGAUGUGGGUCGUUUUUUUUUUUUUUUUGGAAGCUUUUCUGUAGGAAAACACACACAUUAUUUUUUAAUUUGUGUAAUGUUAAUGAUGUGUUUGUUGCAUUAAACUAGCAGCUGAGAGCUUACCUGUAAAACUUCAAAAGGAAAAAAAAAAGAGGAAAAAAAGAAAAAGAGAAAAAAAAAAGAAAAAAAAAGAAAAAGGAAAAAAAAAAGUUUGUCUAAAUUGUAUUUAAAAAGAUUGUAAGUAGCAUUUACAUUUAUUCAAUAACAUUAGCAUACUAUGCUGGAUUUCUGUACCAGAAAUGGCCAGUUAAUGUAAAAAUGUAUGUUAUUUCUGCUUAAAUUCAUUUAAUUUUUUUUUAAUAAAGAUGCAGCAUCUUCUAAAUACUUUCAGUUUUAUCAGCUUUUUUGUGAAGGGAUGCUGCAUUCUCAGACUUUUAUAGUUUUAGAUCCUGUAUGAUGUGGUAUUGUAUUUUCCAUUCACUGUAGGGUAAAGUAAAGGCAUUCUUUGCAGACACCUAUGCCAUUGUUUGGAAACAUUCAGAUAAAAAGUAUUGCUAUACUGAAAAAAAAAAUAAAACAGCAACAACUACAACAACAACAACAAAAAAAAAACAAAAAAACAAACAAAAAAAAAGAAACAAAACCAAAAACCCAAAAAAAUGACAUUUUAUUUUUGGACAAGCUGGUAAUAUAAGCUUGUUUGAAAAGUUAAUUUGAUAGGUUUUUUAAAUGAAUCAUGAAGCUGAAAAGAAAUUUUUAGGUAUGUUGGUGCUUAGUAGAUUUAAUAACUAUUUUAAAAAACAAAUUGCGUGAAUUUAGUAAAAGAUUUCUUUUGUUUGUUUAAUUUUUUUUCCAUUAUGCAUGUGUAAAUGUUUGUAAUCUGGCUUUUUCCUCCCCCUUCUCCAGUGGUAUCAAGAAUUGUGCCGCUUUAAUUUUUUUUUUUCCAGUAAAACUUUUGGUACAUUAUUUGAUGUUUACAUUAAAAUGUGACAUUAUACAAGGAAAUUCAGAUAUUUUGCUAACUGUUUUGUUUGAGGAACGUCAUUAAAGAAGAGAUUUAAUGUUUGUCAAAGCUGUAUCCAAAUUAAUCCAAAUCUUGUGGGGGUAAGAAUGGUAUCCAGGUUGUUUAUCUGAGUCCUGCAAAAUUGUGCACCAACCUGGUCCUUCAGGAGUAUAAACUGAAAAACAAACAAACAAAAAAAAACAAUUAAAAAAAAUUAAAAUUGAAUAUUGAAAAAAUUAAAAACAAGUGUGAAUGAUAACGCAGAAGAUAAUCUUUGUGGGUAAAGAUUUCUGGUCUUGCACACUGUUCAUACUUUUGGAUGGGGUGUUCGCUUAGUUUCUCUAGAUCAGCAGUCCUCCUUUUACACUUGAAGAAAUACCUUCAGAUCUGGGAAACGCUGAAUUUUUACUGAGCUGGGUUUCUUUGCGGUGUUCCUCUGCUUACUACACACAGAAUUAAACUGGUAGAGCUGUGUGGAGGUGAUGCCAGGUUUUCCAGCUGUCCGUGGGACGCCAUGCGGACCGGCAGUGUCUGCUGCUGGAUUUGUUGAGAUUUUUACUCUGGUCACAAUCAUUAUUUUUGCAUUUGACUUCACGUUUUAAAGCAAGGGGUCUUUACGUAAAGGGGCUGAUUUAAACUCAGUACACUGCGAAGGUUUGCGUAAUAAUUUUUUAUUAGGAAUCUUUGCUGGUUUCUGAUUCAGAAAUUUAUCUGAAAAAAAAAAAAAAAUCUUUUUUUCUUUUUUUUUUUUGGCUGUAAAGAAUAGCACGCGUAACUCGUUAAUUUAUUUCCUAACGUCUAUACCAAACAAAAGAUGCUGGGGGAGGGGAAAGCCCCUGCCGAGAUGAGCUGAGCCCUUCAGCACAUGGCAUCAAAUCACGAGGACUCAAAACGAGUAGAGGCCAAAUUCUGCAAUUUUGGGUUUUAUGCUGAUCUGAAAGCUGCAGAAAUAGGUCCACGGGAAAUUCAUUGCAAGGGCCGGGCAUGUGCUCUGUACACGUUAGCCUCAGUCAUUUUAUUUCAGUGGAGCUGUGCCGGUCCUCUGAGAGCCUGGCACUCCUCUGAGAGAAGCAAAAUCUGUGUGCCUGAAUGUUAUAGUCUGGGAGGAGCUGUGGGUGAGAUGUGCAAGACUAUGACAAGAGACUAGGUAGGGUUCAAAUGCACUUCACUUCGCCGAGUUGGCAUUGUAAUUUCAGGGGUUUCAAAAUCACUCAUUUAUAUGGAGCAGUCUUUUGAUUCUGUUCACCAUAUUUGAAUAUUAAACUAAUAAACAUCACUUGAUAAUUUA